GUACAGGACAAGCACAGUAGCAAUGAAGACCAGAUAGUCACUUGAAAAGCCGUAGAAAUUUCUUGUGAUUAAAAUUCCUUAGUUGCUUCUGGUGAUUUCUCGCUCGCAGGACGGGAGAAUAUAAGGGAACUACAGAAAAUACUUGUAUCCAAAGUAUGUGGAAAAGGAAUAAAAUAAACAGGGUUUUCCUGAUAAAUCCUGAACUCUGAUACCCAUGGAUGCUGCAGAGUUCCGCAAGAGAGGGAAGGAGAUGGUGGACUAUAUUGCAGAUUACCUGGAGAAGAUAGAUAAAAGACAGGUGUUCCCAGAUGUGGAACCAGGCUAUCUAAGGCCCCUCAUUGCAGACUGUGCACCUCAGGAUCCUGAGAGCUUUGAGGAUGUCUUUAAAGACAUUGAGAAGAUCAUUAUGCCAGGGGUGACUCACUGGCACAGUCCGUACUUUUUUGCCUACUUCCCUGUAGGCUCUUCUUUCCCAUCUCUUCUUGCAGAUAUGUUGUGUAGUGGAAUAGGAUGUAUGGGCUUCUCUUGGGCUGCGAGUCCAGCUUGCACAGAGCUGGAGACUGUCAUGCUGGAUUGGCUAGGGAAGAUGAUUAAUUUGCCUGAAGAGUUUUUAGCUGGGAAAGAUGGCCAAGGUGGAGGAGUCAUUCAGGGAAGUGCAAGCGAGACCACCCUGAUUUCACUGCUUGCUGCAAGAACAAAAACUAUCAGACGGGUGCAGCUGGAAAACCCUGAGCUAACAGAAGCAGACAUCAUGAGCAGACUUGUGGCCUAUGCCUCUGAUCAGGCUCAUUCAUCAGUGGAAAGGGCUGCAUUAAUUGGUAGUGUGAAGAUUAAAAGUGUUUCUUCAGAUGAUACAUUUAGUGUUUGUGGUGCAGCCCUGAAGAAAAUUUUGGAUGAAGACAAAGCUUCUGGCCUUAUCCCAUUCUUUUUCUGUGCAACACUUGGAACGACUCCUUGCUGCUCCUUCGACAAACUGUUAGAACUGGGUCCUAUUUGUAAUAAGGAAAAUAUCUGGAUGCAUAUUGAUGCAGCCUAUGCUGGGAGUGCAUUCAUCUGCCCUGAAUUCAGGCAUCUUUUGAACGGAGUGGAGUUUGCAGAUUCGUUUAACUUUAAUCCUCACAAAUGGCUCCUAGUGAACUUUGACUGCUCUGCUAUGUGGGUGAAAAAAAGAUCAGAUUUAACAGAUGCCUUUAAACUAGAACCCGUUUACCUGCAGCAUCACCAUCAGGAGUCUGGUCUUGUAACAGAUUAUCGGCACUGGCAAAUCCCCCUGGGUAGGAGAUUCCGCUCCCUGAAGCUGUGGUUUGUGCUGAGGAUGUAUGGGGUCACAGGACUGCAGGAGCACAUCCGCAAGCAUGUCAGGCUGUCGCAUCAGUUUGAACAUUUAGUCCUUCAGGAUGGAAGAUUUGAGAUCUGUGCUGAAGUUGUCUUGGGACUAGUCUGUUUUCGACUGAAGGGCUCGGAUGAACUAAAUAAGGCACUCCUUAAAAGCAUAGAUAAGGCCAAGAAGAUUCAUCUGGUCCCAUGCCACCUGCGAGAGAAGUUUGUGCUACGUUUUGCUAUUUGUUCCCGCACAGUGGAAUCCACCCACAUCAAGUUCGCCUGGCAGCACAUCUCACAGCUGGCAACUGAGCUUCUGAAAACAUGGGAGUAAACCCACCACCACCAGCAGUAACAGCAGUGAAGUAGCAGUGGGGAGGAGGUAAUUAACUAGCUUUCUCUGUGUUGCCAAAUUUUGUUUUAAGAGCAGGUGGGAAAUUCAAAUUAUGAAGGAAAAAAAUACAAACCCUUUUGUUAUAUAGCUCAGGUGCGGCAGCAAAAUUCUUGCCAGCAAGUUCUGUUGUAACCUUAGUCAUUACUCCUCUGUACUGUAGUUUCACCUUGCCUGUUUCCAGGGUGCAAAUAACCAUGGGGGCUGGAGCUGUCAUUUUCUAACAGUUUGUAAUCAAGAGCAUUUAUUGAACCAGGCAAUGGGAAUAGACAGGUUAGUGCUCUCUCCGUUGUUCCCAUUAACCUCUAGCACACCCACUCCUUUUUUCACAGAUGAAACUGUGACGUGUUACAACCAAUUAAUUUAACAUUACUAUGACUUCAGAAAGAAUCCAAGUUGGAGGAAGUUCAGUAACCCGGUUAUAACCUUCUUCAGGUCCUGUCUAAAUAGGCACGUACAAAUGUUAUCAUGAUUUGGGGCACUAUUAUGGCAUGAGACGCUGCAAUAAUUUUGUAAAUGAAGUUAGGACUUCAAGACUUCCUUCAUUACAUUGAUCAGGGUGUGAUCAGGGUGGAAUGAGCACUAAAUGAACCCUAACAGUCCUUAUGGCAGGUUCUCUACUUUCUCCUAAAGGUUUUGCUUUUAAAAUAGCCAUUUUGUCAAAUCUCAGCAACUAGGUUAUGCUGGCUAUUGGUUUUCACUUUGAUCAUUCAUAAUGAGGCCUCUUCAAAGCUCCUUCUUAAGAGUUUUGUCAAAAGCCAUGUGCUACCUGGUAUGCUGUAUUUUUAACCAAGAAUUAUAAGCAGUGAUUACUUAAAAAUAAUCUGCAAGCUAUGUUCUGUGAAAUAGAGUUGUGAUUUCUUUCAAUGGCUACUAUUCUGCUUACUUCAUUGUGUAAUAAAUCUUUGACAAAAUGUGCUAAGAAUUGUGAUGGCAAAAACGUUACUCUUAGUUUCUCAAAUAAGCUAACAAACAAGAUAAUAAAUUACAAUAAAAAGAGAAAUCAAGAGAACUAACCUCCAAAAUAUUUUCAUAUUCCAGGCAUCAGUGAUUUUCUUCCAUUAACAGGGAUGCCUGGAAUAUGAAAAUAUUGGAGAACAAUUAACUUUCAAAGGAAGUCAUAUAAUAUGUACUAGACACAAACCAUUGAUAGGUCAUCCUGUUGAAGGCAGGUACAGUAAAGAAGUGAAAUGAGAGUCAGAAACAAUAUCUGACUUUUAUAAGUACUUCUGCCACUUCAAAAACAUAAAUUCCAGAGUCAUUUCUAUAUACAUAGGAACAAAAUAAAUAGCUACUCCAAGAAAAAUAAUUUGUAGGAUCCAGUUCUACAUUUGCAUUUGUUUUAAUCUUUUCCUUUUACUGCUCAUAUUAACUUCUAAACCAUCUUGAGCAGCUUGCAAAACUAUUCAGCUUUCUUCCUCCAUCCCUUGCAAGUAUAAUUCCUACAUUUUGGAAGUUGCAAGUAGACCAUGAAAUAUGCACCAGGACAGUUAAUUUGGCAUGCAGUCUGCUCCUACCCACUCUCUUUCCAGAAGGGGUUAAAGAAGUUGACUAUGGACAAGGUGGAUUUUUCUAAUGGUGGUAAUUUCUAAUCACGUCACUUCUGUGGUGCAAACUGAGGAAGGAUUAGUAUUAAUGUGGGUGCAAGUGGUACAUAAGAGAUGUACAUGAACCUUGACACUUAGGAAAAACCGACCAAGCUCUGCAUUUCCAGCAGGUCAGCCUAGGUGACGAGGGGGGGUGAUGGCAUAUUUCCCUUCUGUAUCGCUAGCCAGAGGCUAUGUUAUCCACCCAGACAGAAAAGCUGAUUACUAUUUCUUCAAGGAAUUGAUUUCACAGGUAAAAGAGAAGCAAGGGAUGACAAAUUAAUGUGGUAAAAUCCAGGAGUAUUCAAGCAGGUGACUGAGCUGUUCCACAAGACACUAGUCUCAGCUACAGUAUCAGAAAUUUUGGUGGCAUCAUUCUCUUUAGCAGAACCAAUAUGAAAUUAAGCUUUUCUGUAGUAGCACAACGCAAUAGAUUGGUAGACUGAAAAGAGCAGAAAAUGCUGGCAGUUGUUUCCUUUCUCUGUUACUAUUUUUUAAAAAACAUUAUUCAGUUCUCAUGACUUGGGAAACAAUGUUCAUCCGUAGCACAUAUGGUUCACACUGAUACAAUUUUACAGCUUUUACAUUACAAAAACACGAGAAUCUAGGAGCCAGAGAAGAAUUACACCUUCUUUAUGAGACAGGCCAGUAUUUUGCAUGUGAAAUAUAUAACCAGGUCUGUCCAGGAAAAAAAAGCAAUCAGAUUCUGAUCAAAGCAACUGUAGAGUAAAUCCAGGAUAAUUCUACUGAAAUGAAAUAAGAGUUGCUUUGGGCUUAUGUGUCUAUAAUUGAAAUUAAAAAAUUAACUAAUAAGUACUGGAAAAGAAAUGCAUAAGGUAAGGCAACACUAGACUGAACAUAAGAGGAUUUUGGUGGAAAACCUCUCCAUGGCAACCAAAGCAGAGGUGGAUGAUGCAUGCCGGUGUGAGCCUCAAACUGCUGAGGAAUAGGGACACAGGCAGAAUGCACAUCCAAACCCAGGAGAGGUGAAAUGUUCCCAGCAGCCCAGAACUACACAUAGGUCCCUCUAGACAUUUGUGGGAAAAUGUUGCCAAAACUGACAUUCAGGUAAACAUUUUUCAGCAUAUGGGUAUCAGUUUUAGAAGAGGCUGUUGUCCAGAUUCAAAAACUGCUUUUGGAAAAGAAUUUAGGAUAAGGGUUAAUUUAAAAUAUUAUAAAUGCAGUAGAAGUUAAUUUAUUUUUAUUUUUAAAGAAUUGAUAUAAGUAAAUCUAAUGAACAGCUGUGACAAGACCCAUGGAAUUACGUUUCCCCAUGGCUAGUCCAAUACAGAUAUCUGAAGUUCACAGUUCUAGUUUUCUGAAAUUCUGGGAUGAUUUGAAUAUAUAAAUGGUGAAGGCCGCCUUAGUAUUCAUUCUCUUAUACCCUCUUUUCCCCACAUGAUAAUUCCUUCAUAGACUAUGUCCUGAUUUUGGCUGGGAUAAAGUUAAUUUUCUUUUCAGUAGCUGGUGCAGGGCUGUGUUUUGCAUUUGAUGUGAGAACAAUGCUGAUGGCACACUGAUGGGUUUAGUUGUUGCUGGGUGAUGUUUAUACUAAAUCAAGAACUUUUCAGUUUCUUGGGCCCUGCCAGAGAGAGGGCUGGAGGGGCACGGGAAAUUGGGAGGGGGCACAGCCAGGACAGCUGACCCAAACUGGCCAGAGGGAUAUUCUAUAACAUAGACCAUCAUGCUGAGUAUAUAAACUGGGUGAGUUGGCUGGGAGCUGCCGAUUGCUGCUCAGGGACUGGCUGGGCAUUGGUCAGUGGUGGUGAGAAACUGUAUUGUGCAUCACUUAGUGUUUUUUUUUCCUUUUGGAUUUUAUUCCUCUCCUUUUCUCAACUUUUCAUUACAAUCCUUGUUGUUGUUACUAUUAUAUUUCAUUUUAUUUCUGUGAUUAAAUUGUUCUUAUCUCAACCCACAAGUUUUACCUUUUUUCUCCGAUUAUCCUCCCCAUCCCACCAGGGGAGAGGAGGUAGCGAGUGAGCGGCUGCAUGGUGCUUGGUUGCUGGCUGGGAUUAAAGCACGACAGACUAUUAACGUUAGGUCAUCUGAAAAUUAAAUCUGGGCUAUGUAAUCAACUCAAGAACAAAAGUGUUGAACAUUUUGAAAGAAGAACAUAAAUGCUGUUUCUGUUCUGUAGCUUUGCAAUGUAUCUGUGAGAAAUCCUGUAAUUAUGAAUAGUUAAUAUGUGAACCUGGAUUUAUUGUGCCUUGUGGUGCAAAAUGUGUGCAAAAGCUAAUACAGUCUGUACCAAUUAAUACUGUUUGAUGUUAAAAAUAAUUACAAAAUCUCAGAAUUGUACUUUGGUAGAAUAUCUACAUCUCAAUGGAGGCAGUGCGGCUACUAAAGAAGGAGGCAAAAAAGUAACUUUUCAAUAACCAUACGUAUUUUUUUUAAACUAGUAGAGUGCUUGUACAAUACUUACAUUCCUAAAAUAAUGACAGAUUAUAAAUAUAUUUUAUUACUGAUGGUGAAAUAUUGAAAAAGUAUGUAUUUAAGAAAUUAUUGCUAAUAUAAUAAAUUCUGGACUGCAUUUAAUUAUUAAA